UCCUCCCCUGAGAGAGAGAGAGAGAGAGACACACAUACACAGGGUCAGAGAGAGAAUAAUUAAAACCAGACAACUUUAAGAUGACUUGGAAUAAAGUAGUCCUGUUCUUUUUCUCUUCAAUAUUUAACAGAGGCUCAUUUGGAAAGGAGGAAAACAUUUUAACAGCCAGGGGGAGGGGAAAACAAGAGCUCCAACACUGAAAUGACCCAGGCAUCAUUCAACAUCCCAAGUUCCAGCUAAAUUUUUCUAUUUAAAGUACGAGGUUGACCGCAAGAAAAGACAUGAGGGCGCAAACUUUCCCAAGGGCGCAAAUUCUGCAGGAGUUAAGUUUGCGAUGCCAGGCACUCGCAGCCAAUGACAACAGGGGCUUUAAACAGGAGUUUGAGGAGCUAGAUGAAGUUGGAAAAAACCUCCCCACCCGAGCAGGGGACUCAGAGGCCAACCGAGAAAAGAACAGAUACCCCUACAUACUGCCAUAUGACCACUGUCGCGUCAGGCUGUCAGUCCAAAACUCCCAACCACACACUGACUACAUCAACGCAAAUUUUGUGCCUGGUGGAGGAUCAGAAAGAGACUUUAUCUGCACCCAGGGUCCUUUGCACAACACCAUGGCUGACUUCUGGAGGAUGGUGUGGGAGCAAAACGUCAGGAUAAUCGUCAUGGUGACAGCUCUGACACACAAGGACAUGGUGCUGUGUGAUAGGUAUUGGCCUCUGGAAGGAGGCAAAGUUAAUCAUGGACUGAUCCAAGUGACGACAGUGACCUGCAAACGAGGUCCAGAUUAUUUUAUCACCACCAUUAACCUCAGACAGAGAGCUUGUUCAACAGUCAGGAUAAUCACACAGUACUACUACCCUGCCUGGCCAGACCGAGGCGUCCCUAAAGACUCAUCCUCACUCUGUGCCUUCACUGAGCAUGUGCGGCAGGAAUUGGAAGCUAUUCCACUCCUGGGGCCGGCUGUGGUGCACUGCAGUGCAGGUGUUGGGCGUUCAGGGACAUUUGUGACGUUGUUGUGGCUGAUGCAGCUGUGUGCGAGGGGCAUCCGGCCUGAUAUCCGAGCUGCUGUGGAGGAUCUACGGUUACAUCGAAUGUGGAUGGUCCAAAAUCUGGAGCAGUACAUAUUUGUUCAUCAGUGUCUGCUACACUGGCUCAGUGGAGGAACCUCAGCACGCAGGGCACAAGUUCAGGGAGCCAGUUCAAAAAUGAACCACCACAGUCAAGAUCAACCCCAUAGUUCCCUGGGCCGUUCAGGGAGGAGACGUCGCCAUCGGCGGCACACAGUUCAGUCAGCCCAACCACAGAGCACAUUGCAGCAGAUUUUGAACCCUAGGAUGCUACUGAGGAGAUUACUGCCCUCCUCAUCACUGUUUCAUCCAGGCUCACAUGCUUCCUGAAUUUACAAACUGUAAAGCUGAUAAUACAAAAACAGUCAAGACAAAAAAUAUGCAUGCCCUCAUACAGCACCUAAGAAGGAAGGACACUGCAGCAAUAAUGCUGUGUGCGCUGUAUGACAACAUGCCCUGCAGGUGAAAAACUGGCUGGACAAGCACAUACAUGCUGGUGAAGAAAUCCGAGACAAAGCAGUUGUGAACGAGAAGGAAAAAUGAAGGAAUUAACCUGCCAGUCAGGUCAAACCUGUUCUUCUACUAUAAAUUACUUAGCAUGAGAUUUAUGAGAACAAGCGGCUGCUCCGCUUGCAUUACAGAUACAUGUAAAUACUGAGGGUGUACAUUUUUUUCUUUGUUUACCUCCACUAUUGAUGAAGUGAUGCCGCUAGAUGUCUUUUAUUUAGUUUUUCUUUGCGUGAAAAAUCAUUGUGAAUCAUUUAAUACCACACACUUCUAAGGAUGCAUGUGCAGAAUUGAUAGCAUACUUGCUAGAAAGGCCGACACAUGGUAUAGUGGCUGUACAAAAAGGGUCAUGUUUCAAAAACACACAGGCACUGCCAUUCUCCUUAGAUGACUGAAACCCAUUACAGUACAUGAAGGAGCUAUGAGUUUUAUACAUUAUAGAACAUAAAGGGCUAACCCCACUUUUAAGAGUCUUUCAUCUGUCAUGUAAUAAACAUGUAUGAUACAAUAUAUCCCUCUUCGGGUGAGUUUUAGGGUUUGUGAAGACAGGAGAGAGAAAGGCGGAUCCAGCAGCAGUCAGCAUCCUCCGCCCUCCCUCUGCCACGUCUCCACCAUGUGGCAAGUGCUAGUAGCUGCAGGGUGAGUGGCGUCACUGUAUUGCAACAAUGUCUGUGUCCUGAUAGAUGCAGCUGAGACAGUCCAACAGCAAGCAAGUAGCAAGUAGCAAUAACUAACAAGCAAGCCAUCUCCAGAGUUCGGUGUAUCCACGUGUGAGCUCAGCUCAAGACAGAUGAGUGAAAUUC